AUGGCCGACGAUAUCGUGCUCCCAAUUCCAAAUCUCUCCCUGCCACAGCAACUCUUCGUGCUCUCGGCACCGUCGCUGACGGCCCUCCACGAGAAUGCACGCACCGAACUCCUCAAAAACAUCGAGGCCGACCAAAUGGCGCCGUACUACCGCACAGUGACCUCUACAUCGUCGGCCUCGGUGCCCCUAGACGAUGCGCUGAUUUCGGCCAUGGAAAAGUCGAAUGCGGAGGAACUCCAGAAGUUGGACGAGCGACUGGCUGAGGCAGAGAAGCAGGAAGGGGAGUCGGAAAUCUCUGAUGCUCUUCGAGCACGCGCAAACUACUUGACGCGUAUCGGUGACAAAGAUCGUGCUGUGGUGGCUCAGAAACUCGCUUUAGAGAAGACACCGGGACUGGGCUCACGAAUAGACAUCGUCCUCACUCUAACUCGCAUUGGGUUCUUCUUUGGUGACCACGAACUCAUCACAGAACACCUGACGAAAGCUGAGGCACUGAUUGAAGAAGGCGGUGACUGGGAUCGCCGCAAUCGUCUAAAGGUUUACCAUGGUCUUCAUCUUCUUUCCAUUCGCCAGUUCAAACGCGGCGGUGAGCUAUUGCUGGACGCCCUUUCAACUUUCACUGCUACCGAACUUCUGUCCUACAAUGAUUUUGUUGCACUCGUCGUUAUAUCCUGCGCAUUAACGCUAAGCAGAGUCGACUUGAAGAAGAAGAUCAUGGAUGCCGCGGAAGUAAACCAAGUGCUCCCCGAAAUCCCCCUUCUAGGCGACUUGGUAAAAAGUCUGUAUGAAUGUCAUUAUGACAAGUUCUUCGUUGCCCUUGCCAGACUCGAACAAGAACACCUUACUCCAUCUCGUGUCCUCUCGCCACAUGCACGAUAUUACGUGAGAGAGAUGCGGAUACGCGCCUACACGCAGUUGCUCGAAUCGUACCGCAGUCUGACACUGGACAGCCUGGCUGCCGCAUUCGGCGUCAGCGUGGACUUCGUUGACAAUGAGCUCUCUCGGUUUAUUGCUAGUGGUCGGCUACAUUGCACGAUCGAUAAAGUCAACGGCAUUGUGGAAACGACGAGACCGGAGCUGAAGGCAGCUCAAUACGACAUUCUGAUCAGACAAGGCGACGCUCUCUUGACGGGCAUACAGAGACUAAGCAAGGUGCUGUACUAA